AUGUCAGACCGUCUCAUCACCCAAGCCAACUCAAGACUUACCAAGGCCAACCUUAUUCUGCUCACCAGGGAGGAGGCCUGGUCCUCGCUGGACUUAGACACAAGACGCGAGCUAUAUCGAAUGCUCCCGGUGCCCCUGAACGGCAACAACUCCGAUCCCGAUCCUGACGCACACCCGCUGAAGACGAGCUUCGCGAAGUACAUCAAGCACUUCAUUUACGAGUGGGAGCAGGACCUUGCUGCUGGCCGCAACACCGCAAAGUGGCAGAGAGAGGCCAAGCAAGCCACCGGAGAGCGAAUUUCAGGGGCAUAUGAUGGCUGGAAGGAGAAGGAACGUGAGGAGCACUGGGGUCAGAAGUACGACCCAGACCAUUUCAAGGGGGUCUAG